GAUGUUUGAGUGCCAUGUCACUUGUUUACAUCGAAAAAAGUAUCAAAAAGCAGUUUUUGGAUGAAAAAUCACGAAAAAUUGAAUUAAAAUGGACUUUCAUGGCGAAAUGAAUCUCCAAAAUUGCCGUCUUUGUCUUUGCAAGUGCGAAACGGCACGAAAUUUAUUGGAAGAUACGGAUUUUGCUGACAAAAUUAUGGAAAUUUUCCCAAAAGUUGUGAUUUCACCGAAAAAUGGACUUUCAACACUAAUUUGCGACUACUGCCAUAAAACAGUGCAAAAUUUUAUCGGUUUUUACGAGAAUGUGAACGCAAAUCAGGAUGAACUGAUGAAAAUGUUGCCCGAAAUCCCCAAUGAAGAGGUAUUUGCGGAGCCAAUUGUUAGUUUUGAGUACAAAAUGCAGCCGUCUGACUUGAAAAUGGAUGAAAAUGAAGCAGAAUUGGCAGUUAAUGAGCCAGAAGAGACGGAAAAUGUACUUUUAGAGCCUGAUUUGAAGCCAAAAUUGCAAAAUGUGACGAAAACUGACUACACAAAAGACGAACUUGAGUCUCUUAAACUUCUUUGAACUCGUCAAAUUGCCACUUAGUUUCGGAAAAUUCAUUCGUUGCCAGCUCUGUCCCAACUCAGAACGAUAU